ACACAUUGCAUUGGAUAGAGACGGUAUUGUUUUGAUUUUAGAUUGGGACGAACCGUCAACCUGGGUUGUGUUCAAAGCAUCUCUUCCUCGCGCUCCUUUCGUGUAGAGAAAGGGUCUGUAUCGGUAAGCGAAGCGCGAGAUUCACGAAGUUAUUACCAAUUUCGAUCAAAUACUUUGGAAAAAAUGGAUCCUGAAGCAUCUCCACAAAGUAUUGCUUUACUUAAGGAAGCUAUUUUGCAUUUAGACCAUCCACUUAUAGAAAAAUCAAAUUAUGUGUUUGUUGUUCUUGGUGCGUCAGGAGAUCUGGCGAAGAAGAAGAUUUAUCCUACAUUAUGGUUCCUAUAUCGUGAUGGAUUGUUGCCUCCAAAAACAAAAUUUGUGGGCUAUGCAAGAAGUAACUUGACAGUCGAUGAUAUCAGAAAUAGAGCAACUCAGUACAUGCAGGUUAAAAACGAACAAGAGCAAAAACUGGACGAAUUUUUCAAAUUAAACUACUAUGUUAGUGGCACAUAUGAAAAUCCUGAUGACUUUGGAAAACUUAAUGAGCAACUAGAUAAAUUGGAAAAUUCAUCAUUAUCAAACAGACUGUUUUAUUUGGCUCUUCCUCCUACUGUGUUUUCCAUUGUCACAAAAAACUUGAAAUUGAAGUGCAUGGCACCCAAGGGAUGGACUCGUGUUAUCAUCGAAAAGCCAUUUGGCAGGGACAGUGAAAGCUCAGCUGAAUUAUCUCGCCAUCUUUCGUCGUUGUUUAAAGAAGAAGAAAUUUACCGAAUUGAUCAUUAUCUUGGGAAAGAAAUGGUUCAAAAUUUGAUGGCUCUUAGGUUUGGAAAUCGUAUAUUUGGUCCUAUCUGGAAUCGAGACAAUAUUGCUAGUAUCAUGAUUUCCUUCAAGGAGCCAUUUGGGACUCAAGGAAGAGGAGGAUAUUUUGAUAAUUUCGGUAUUAUAAGGGAUGUCAUGCAAAAUCAUCUUUUGCAAAUUCUGUGCUUGGUUGCCAUGGAAAAACCUGUUACCACGUCUGCUGAAGAUAUUCGAGAUGAAAAGGUAAAAGUGCUGAGAUCAAUGAGUGAACUUCAGUUAGAUGAUGUUGUAUUAGGUCAGUAUGUUGGAAACCCAAAUCUAGAAGGAGAGGGUAAAGAAGGUUACUUAGAGGAUCCUACUGUACCUAAAGAUUCUGUGACACCUACUUAUGCAAUGGCUACUUGUUUUAUAAAUAAUGAGCGCUGGGAUGGCAUUCCAUUCUUUCUGAGAUGCGGCAAAGCUUUGAAUGAAAGGAAAGCCGAGGUGCGCAUUCAAUUUAGAGAUGUCCCUGGUGAUAUAUUCAAUAAACAGUGUAAACGAAAUGAAUUAGUUAUUAGAGUUCAACCUGGAGAAGCGGUGUAUUUGAAGUUUAUGAAUAAAAGACCAGGUAACAUUACAUCCUUCGCUUUGGAAGAAACGGAAUUGGAUUUGAGCUAUAAUAGUAGAUACAAGGAUUUGGUUAUGCCAGAUGCUUAUGAACGUUUGAUAUUAGAUGUAUUUUGUGGAAGUCAAAUGCAUUUUGUUAGAAGUGAUGAAUUGUCUGAAGCAUGGAGAAUUUUCACCCCUUUAUUGCAUAAAAUUGAAAAGGAGAAAGUUAAGCCAGUUCCUUAUGAGUAUGGAAGCCGUGGUCCAAUUGAAGCAGAUGAACUUUGUCAACGAUAUGGAUUCAAGUUUUAUGGAACUUACAAAUGGACCAAACCCUCACACAUGUAAUGCACAAAAUAUUGUCAAUGUGAACAAUCAAUCCUUUUGUUUACCAAAUACUGCAAUAUGUAGUGUUAACUGAUAAAGGUUGUAUAUUUGAGUAUGCCUAUUUUAGCUUAUUUGCAAACACAUGAUGAUUGAUUUAUAUAAAAAAAAUAUUAAAGCUUACAUAGCUUUCGUAUGCAUAUUUUACGCUUGAAAAAUACAAUUUUAUGACUUUGUUACUUUUUACACCAAAAUAUAAAAUUAAUCCGAUUUUUUCUAUUUGUUAUUAAAUGGUCUAAUAAUUUCUCUUUUAUUAUUAAUUUUUAGGAAAUAUUUCUUUGUUUGCAUUAUUUGUGUUAUAACUUUAAUCCGUUUGUUUCAUUUAUUCAUGUUUGCUGUUUCAGAACUGGUAAUAAAUUUGUAAUUGAUGUUUAAGUGAUAAGAUGGUUGUAUGGAAAACAGUCUUUUUAAAGCAUUUGCUCUGUUAAUGCUGUUGUAAGUGAUAAUGAAUGUCGAGUUCCUGCUGAAAACUUUAUUGUUCUGCUUAUAUUAUAUUGGAAUUUUCCUUUGAAAAAUUCCAUCUAUAGAUCUUAUUUGAUGAUUUUGUUAUAAUCAAAGUGAUAGAUGUCUGAUAAUAUACAUUGCAUAAUACGAGUAUUAUACAUUUUACAAUUUUCGCCUUACACCAACUGACUUUAAUGCGGGUGCUCUUGUUAUGUAUGUUAUAAGUAGCUGUCUUCAGAUCUUCUAAAAAAAGCACCAUUUAUUUUGUACUUUUUAUAUGAAAAUCCUUUUUGAGCUUUUAACCUGAAUUAAUAUAUAAUUUGAAACUCAAAAUAAUUAUACAGUAUUUUAUUACUUUUAAUACUUUUCUCAGAAACUUUCAAAAAGAAUCUCUAUUCGAAACGUUCAAUAAUAAUAGCUAGAAAGCAUAUAUUUUUACUUUACGUUAUUGAAGAAUUAUCUGUGCUGGACUGGCUUUUUUUAACGUUCAUAAUAUCUUAUUUUGUUGUCAUUGAAGAAUUCUCUGGGUUUAAGUAGCUUUUUUUUUUUUUUUUUUUUUUACAUUUAGAGUAUCAUGCUUCUAGCAUGGAAAGUUUUAAGGUUUUGUAUACAGUUUAAUAGGGUGUCACUCAUUUGUGAUUGUCGAAUUCGUCUUGUUUUAAAGCAACAUAUAUUCUUUUUAUUUAUAGAACGUUUCAUAUUCAAAAUUGUAGGAAUAUCUGUUUCAAAUUUCAUAGAAAAUAACUCUUCAGCUCAAAAAUAUAUCAAAGUUUAAACUAACUGUUAUUAAAUUAAGAUUCAUUUAAUUUUAAUUUUCAAAUAUAAAAUAUUUUUUGUUAUGAAUUCUAAUUUUGUAUUUGAGAAUUUAGAUAAAAAAGAACAUUAUUUAAAUUUUGUAUUAAAUUUUUGCACCUUGUAAAAUACAUUUUGCACGUGUUAUAUUUUCCUGAACCUGUAUAUUGGUGUUACUAGUAUUACUAAUUUAAAAAUGUAAAAAUUUGUUAUUUCGACACUAAUUGCUGCUUUUAGAGAAAAGCUUAAAGUAUCAUUCUUUAAAUAUUGUAAUUUCGCUGCUAUCACUUAUAACUGCUCAGGUUUAUUCAUACAUGCAUACCUUGAAAACUUAACGAUAAUUUGUUAUUUUAACUUCCGUAAUUACUUUUGAAAUAGCAUUGAAUUUAUAUUCUGAAAAUAUGUACAUAAAAAUUGCAAACUUUUGAAGGAGCAAAUUUCAUUUGUUUAGUAUAUCACAGAAAAUAUUUGAUAUCUCUAUCUGUGCAGAUAAAUUUUAAGUUUUA